AUGGUGGCAGUGGACCAUGGACGAGUGGCUGAUUUGAGCGACAGCGCUGAUGAGGCUCCACCUGCGCCGGCAACUCCGAAAUCAAAGGCCAAAGCGAAAGCAAAGGCCAAAUCAUCCCCAGCGACUCCAAAGAAACCAACUUCAGGUGUCAUCAGCAGUCCCAAGGCAGCUUCGAAAUCCAAGUCCCCAGCAGUGCCCAAGUUGAAGAAGCCGGCAGCUUCCUUGAAGCGACCAGCCUCGGCUAUGAAUGCAGCUGAGGAUGUCAAUGGGGACGAUGCUAGCAUCGACGUUCCUGCUGAGACCAAGGAUCCCAAUGAUGGAAACUCAUCUCCUGGCAAGGGUGAGGAGGAUCCUGAUGUUUGCAAGAAGCCUGCCAUGCGCAAGAACAAGAAGGCUGUAGACUUCGGUUUGGAUCCAGUCACUCAUGUGAAGCACAAUGGUCAGGACUACUUCAAUAUGCAAUAUGUUGCAAAGGGCAAAGUUUCGAUCAGGAACGACUCCAAGUUGGUCGUCUUCACUGCUGCUGCUGGUGGCGCCACUCUGAAACAAAACGAUGAUAUUUGUGUGGCAGUGCUGAAAGCACUUGAGACCUCCCAAAACUUGCCGAACUCAUUGGCUCAGGGCCACCAGUGGGCGGCCGAUCUGUGGGCCAAGAUCAACAAUGUUGGAUCGACGGCCGGGCCUUCCGAUGCACCUGCCUAA